AUGUUGAGCGGUGUUGACGAGAUCUCGCUCUUAAUUAAGACAUCUACGUUUGCAAAAGGGGGCUCUAAUGUUGGAGACAGUGGUGGUCCACUUUUCCAAACAGAUGAUAGGGGACGACAUAUUCUUGUGGGUAUCUACAGCCAUUACCUUAACAACUCGCCUAAUGAGAGUCAAAAUAUGAUAAACAUCUACACUGACGUGCGCGCCUUUUUGGAUUGGAUAUGCAAAUAUUCAGGUGUUUGUCCCGCAGAAGAAACAUCUGAAGAACAAUUGAUCUAA